UGCAGUUGGGCCUUGGAGCUUGAGAAGGUAGUAGCAACCUGACCGGACUCGAUGGAGGCGUUGGUUCCGGCUCCGGCUCGUACUGCGCGUGGUUCUGGUUCCGAUUCCGACCGCAGCAGAGGAAGCCGACUCUGCUAACUAGGGUUCCCUUCCCCCUCCAUCCUCUUUAAAUCUGGAGGCAGAGACUCAGGGUGAAGAACACAGCUCAAAUCCACAACCCGCAUCGAGUCGAGACGAAGCUCAUGGAUCCACCCGUGAUGGCCGAAGUUAGUUCCACCAAAGAACACGUCGACCUGGAGAGGAACUCCAAGGACCUGACCAUGGCUGCAGGCGACGUACAAGGUAACCCAACCAUCUUUGAGCUGGAGAUGAUCGAGGCGCAAGAGGAAGAUGCGGCGGCGGCGGCAUACGACGAGAUCGUCGCUCGAUACAGGAGGAAACGCGCUGACCGCCAGGCUCGGAUCGUCAAGGAGCUGGGCGAGGAGGCCUACCUCGAGCUCGAGGGCGGGGACGACUGCCUGGCCAACGACCCUGACUACGUGGAUGAGAUCAACCAGUGGAUCAGGAUACAAGAUGAAAGGCAUAAGGCGAAUCUCAGGCGUGGCAUACUUCCUGGCUACAAGAAACUUUCUGACUCCGACUUAUACUUAGAAAUAUACUCAUGCUUGCACCUGGACUCGGAAUCAGACUCGAACUCUGACUCAGAAGACAAUGAUGAUGAUGGUGGUCAUGAGGAUGAGGAGGCAGAGGAAAAUUCUGACUCCAAAGAAGAAGAAGAAGGUGAAGAAGAAGAGGGGGAGUUGGAGGCAGAGAAGUUUAUAUCUUUAGCGGAACGUAGGGCAGCGGCGGCGGAGGCAGCCCUCGGCGGGUUCGAAUGGCGGACGGGGCCACUAAUUUUAUCAUGGCCAUCAAAGGGAAAGAGCUGCCCGGCAUUUAGGACCUGGACAACAUGAGCCGCCAUUACACGUCCAAGGGGAUGGAGAGAGAAGCGGAGGCUGCACGAGAAGGUAGUGGUCAUGUCCCACAAGAUCGACGACGAGAUAGAGGCGUGCCCGGAACCAUAACAACUCUGUUAAUGUGCACCCUGUUUUAUUAUCUUUAUUAUCUGCCACAUGUAUUAUCUCUUUCUAGAGAUGUUUAUCCAUAUAUCUAUCUCUGUUCCCUUCUGCUCUUUCUAGAAACAUGUCUAUUUCCAUGAUGUAUCUA